GGUCCGUAAAUGGCAGAGGGUUAUUUUGAGAACGGAGUGACAGCACCUAGCCAGUUGGCACUCAGGGAGUACUGGCUGUUAUUACCCUGUACCAGGCACUGGGGAUACCACAGGCAGAAGACCGGGCCCUGGUCUCAGAGAACUGGGCAUGGGAGGGGAGACGAACCUGUGAACCCACAAUUACAACCCAGGGUGUUAGGGGAGCCAGCUUAAAAUGGAUAAGUAGUGGCACGUGGAAGAAGGCUUGUGCCUGGCCCGUACUAGGAAUGCAGUAAGUCUUUACUGAACAAAUGAAAGAACAGAUAGUUUGUAGGUGGAUCAGCCCCCUCUCUGUCCUUAGCUUUCUUCCAGCAGAUAAUUAAGGCACUCUCUUAAAUUCAGGACUAAGGACAGCAAGGCUGAUCUUGACACUGUCCCCUUUCUCACUCCCAAUGGCCAUCCCCGCUGAGAAACGGGAGUUUUAGGUCAGAAUCAAGAUGAGCAUCCCCUAUAGGGAGAAAGCAUUGGCACAAGUGUCUUUAGUCUUGUUUCGACCCCUUGACUUCGGAUGUACCAGUGUGUAUGUGUGCUUGAGCGUGUUCCGAGGGAGCAGAUUCCAUCCGUUCUUCAAGAGUCUAGGACCCGAGAAUGGUCAAGAACACCGACUUAGCAGUGGAUGUUCCCUGAAAGGAAUGAACGUGGCGGAGUUGUUCCUUUAAUGCUUCAUGUCACCACUCGCCAGAUUUUCACUACUAGAGGAAGUGUGUUUGCAUAUUGCUGUGCAAGAGUAGUGUUUGGUUUUGUUUUAGAGUAUUUGUCUUAUUUUCCCCACCAAACUGCCCAAUGGCACUGUGCCCACGGUGUGUAGUCGCUGUGGUUCAGGGCUCUGUGUGUGGUGGCUGUGCAGUUACUGUCAUUACUUUAGCUGACUUCAGUGGUGUGUAUAAGGAGAACAGCCCAAAGGCAGGCCCACAUGAGACAUCCUUUGUUCUGAGCUGGACAUAAAUUCGUGCCCUUACUGAAUUUGGGUCUGGCUACUUUGGGAACUCAGCCACUGUCUAGUUCUAAUCCCUGAAUGGUCUUUUUGGAGUAACACGAACUCAGGAGGAAUCUGGCUGCUUUGCCAAGCCCUCACCCCUGCCAUCUUGCACACAGACUGUUCUAAGUAACAGGAGAUGUUCCAGGCGGGGCCAGGCUGAGCAAUUCCUUCUUCAGAGAGUGAUCCAGUAACACUGAAUGUCUGUUGGCCUUCUCUGCACCAACCCCUGCAGUCUCUGGCCCCUGAGUCCCCCUCCUUCCAUCUGCCUGCCUUCGACAGCUAGAGCCUCAGCCCUCCCUCUUGCCUGGAAGCCUUUCCUCCGCCCCCUUGCGCCGCCCCCAGCUCAAGGCUCUUCCUUUGUCGCAGCUCCGCCCAGUCGGGACACACUCGCUGGGGAAGUUUCUUCUUUCUUCCCCACUCACUCUGGGGUCUAAGCUGGCGGAGAUGGACCAUCCAAAACCCAAGGUCCUCCUAGCCAGGCACUGCUGCCCCUCCCUAGGAAUGUGGGCCUCAGAGGCCGGCAGUGUGAGGUUCUCUGUGCCGCCCUCCAUCAGCAGGAACCGGGCCAUGGUGAAUGAACCCAGAGGGAAUGGUGGCCCCAUCCCCCGCUCGGAUGGCAGCAGCAGUGGCAGCGAGAGCUCCAGAGAUAGUUCAAGAUGUUCCACCCCGGGGCUGGACCCCGAGCGGCACGAGAGACUCAGGGAGAAGAUGAGGCGGAGGAUGGAGUCUGGUGACAAGUGGUUCUCCCUAGAAUUCUUCCCUCCUCGGACUGCCCAGGGAGCUGUCAAUCUCAUCUCAAGGUUUGACCAGAUGGGGGCUGGUGGCCCCCUCUUCAUAGAUGUGACCUGGCACCCAGCAGGGGACCCCGGCUCGGACAAGGAGACCUCCUCUAUGAUGAUUGCCAGCACUGCUGUGAACUACUGUGGCCUGGAGACCGUCCUGCACAUGACCUGCUGCCGCCAGAGCCGGGAAGAGAUCACCGGCUAUCUGCACAAGGCCAAGCGGCUGGGCCUGAAGAACAUCUUGGCGUUGAGGGGAGACCCUGUAGGUGACCAGUGGGAAGAGGAGGAAGGUGGCUUCAGCUAUGCUGCAGACUUGGUGAAGCAUAUCCGGAGCGAGUUCGGUGACUACUUUGACGUCUGUGUGGCAGGUUACCCCAAAGGCCACCCUGACUCGGGGAGCUUUGAGGCCGACCUGAAGUACUUGAAGGAGAAGGUGUCUGCAGGAGCCGACUUCAUCAUCACUCAGCUUUUCUUUGAGGCUGACACGUUCUUCCACUUUGUUAAGGCUUGCUCCGAGAUAGGCAUUACCUGCCCCAUCCUCCCCGGCAUCUUUCCUAUUCAGGGCUACCACUCCCUUCGGCAGCUGGUGAAGCUGUCGAAGCUGGAAGUGCCGCAGGAGAUCAAAGACGUGAUCGAGCCAAUCAAAGACAACGACGGCGCCAUCCGCAACUAUGGCAUCGACCAGGCCGUGAGCCUGUGCCAGCAGCUGCUGGCAAGUGGCUUGGUGCCAGGCCUCCACUUCUAUACCCUCAACCGUGAGGUGGCCACCACAGAGGUGCUGAAGCGCCUGGGCAUGUGGGUCGAGGACCCCAGGCGCCCCCUGCCCUGGGCUCUCAGUGCCCACCCCAAGCGCCGGGAGGAAGAUGUCCGUCCCAUCUUCUGGGCCACCAGACCCAAGAGUUACAUCUACCGCACCCAGGAGUGGGAUGAGUUCCCCAACGGCCGCUGGGGCAAUUCCUCCUCGCCCGCCUUCGGGGAGCUGAAGGACUACUACCUCUUCUACCUGAAGAGCAAGUCCCCGAAGGAGGAGCUGCUGAAGAUGUGGGGGGAGGAGCUGACCAGCGAGGAGAGCGUCUUCGAAGUCUUUGCCCACUACCUCUCGGGAGAGCCCAACCAGAACGGCUAUAAAGUGACUUGCCUGCCCUGGAAUGAUGAGCCCUUGGCUGCCGAGACGAGCCUGAUGAAGGAGGAGCUGCUGCGAGUGAACCGGCAGGGCGUCCUCACCAUCAACUCCCAGCCCAACAUCAAUGGGAAGCCGUCCUCCGACCCCGUCGUGGGCUGGGGCCCCAGCGGGGGCUAUGUCUUCCAGAAGGCCUACUUAGAGUUCUUCACUUCCCGCGAGACAGUGGAAGCGCUGCUGCAGGUGCUGAAGAAAUAUGAGCUCCGGGUCAACUACCACAUCGUGGACGUGAAGGGUGAAAACAUCACCAAUGCUCCUGAGCUGCAGCCCAACGCCGUCACUUGGGGCAUCUUCCCUGGGCGAGAGAUCAUCCAGCCCACGGUGGUGGAUCCCAUCAGCUUCAUGUUCUGGAAGGAUGAGGCCUUCGCCCUGUGGAUUGAGCAGUGGGGCAAGCUGUACGAGGAGGAGUCCCCGUCCCGCAUGAUCAUCCAGUACAUCCACGACAACUACUUCCUGGUCAACCUGGUGGACAAUGACUUUCCGCUGGACAACUGCCUGUGGCAGGUGGUAGAAGACACAUUUGAGCUUCUCAACAGGCCUGCCCCGAAUGAGAGGGAGAUGGAGGCUCCGUGACCCUGCACUGACACCCUUGGCUUGAGGCCACCUGUGCCGCCUCCGUCCUCCCCAGUCCUGGUUCUCCUGAGGACUCCUAUUCUUCUUCGUUUCUCCCCAAGCCCUGGCCUCCACUCCCCGACAGCAUGAUGGCAGCUAGACUGGAGUGAGGCUUUUGGGCUCUGGCUGGACCUGAGUCAGCCCCAUGUGGAGCCCCAUGUUCCCUGCUCAUCCCAGAGCUUGUGCUCUUUCGUGGGGAGCACCUCCAUCCUGCAGAGGAGCACGGUGGGCGGAGCGCCAUCCUCCCUGAGGGGAGGAGACCGGUUGUUGGGUGAGCCCUUCCGCCAGGGCAGCCCCUAGGACCGGCCUGGGACUGCAGUGACCUUGCACUUGGGGUCUGCGGAGGACAGGCAGAGCCAACAUGGGCAGCAGGCACUGUGGUUUUGCAGAAGAAACAUGGCAAAGCGAAGGUGCCGCCCUCUUCUGCAUCCAAGACGUUGGUGGCUGGACACUGCCUCCCUGUGACCGAGGGACAGACCCCUGCCCUGCCUGCCUGCCGCCUGCACGGCCCCAGUCCUGCCCGGCGUCGGGCUGACCCCGGCUAAUGCAUUUCUUGCUCAGCUGGGUUUCCCCUUUCUGCAGUGCUGCUGCUUGGAAGUGUCAUGUCUGUAUCCUGGAGGCUCGAGAGAGUGCCCCUCAAGGGUUACAGGCGUCUGAAGCCCUGUGCUUGGUGGAGCGAGCCCCUGGCCAUGAAGGAAUACCCAGCCCGUUACCGCCAAGGGCUGGGAUGCGGUCCCCCCCAGCAGGCUUAUUUCUUCCUGGCCUAUUUUUGAGGUGGGAUCCCCUCCUGCCAGCUGCUCCCUCCCUUCUCUGCACCCUGUCCCAGAAGCUGUCCUGGCCUUGCUCCCCAGGAGUCAGCCCUCAAGCCCCGCUGCCCAGGGGCGGUGACUGGCAGAUGCACAUAGCUGAUCCCUGUCCUCGUCCCUGCCUGCUGGUCUUCGCUGGCUCAGCAGGAGGGUGGGGCUGGACGUCCAGAGAGCAGCCUGAUGGCAGAGGAGGCGGGCGCAGUUGUGGGCGUGUCCUCUUCCCUUCCUUCCCCGGUCGGGCGGGCUGGGGCCAAGGGGCAGCUUUAGGAGAGACUGAGCAAGAGAAGCAGCCAGGACUAUAGAGGGCGUUUUAUUGUCCUUUGGAGCUCCUGGGAUGGGUGCUGGCCUGACAGCCUCGCUCCCCGGGGGGUGGGGCAUGGUGCCUUCGCUGGGAAGGCUGGGCUCGGUUUCUGUUUUUCUUUCCAUGGGAACAAGUCACAGCUGCAGCUGGGCCCCCUGCUCCGCCCCACGUCCAGCACACUCAGGGGCUUGGGCAGCUUCCAGCCUGCUCCCAGGGCUCCUGAUGGCUGGCUUGCUCAGGGGUCUCGGGCUGCCAGUGGCUCCUCUCAUCAGGUCCCUGGCUGCCAGGUGCUGUUGCCACUUCUCAAAGGCCUGCAGUCAGGGAGGGGGGAGCAAAGGCAAUCUGGCUGCCGGCUGAGUCUGUGUUCUAAGUGCUGGGCUAACACCGUGCCCAGCUCCCUCUGUCCCGGGGGAAUAGGAGGCCCCUCCCUCCGCCCCAGGCCAAAUGCAGGGCUUGGAAUAGACCUGACUCGUGAUCUAGGAAGCUUUGCUUGGAGCACAUAAAUGAGGGGGCGCUCAGACCCACACCCUGAGCCAGCAUGGGUGUCAGAUGUGCCACAGGCCAAGCCUUGUUCCCAGACUGAGUGAUGGGUAGGACUGGCUGAGCACAUGGCCACCAAUUAAACCAAGGGCUCUAGAGUCCAAGCUGUCUUCUC